AUGCGAUAGACGAGACAAACUAGCUUGAUACCACACUCAGCAUCAUGACGGGAGGUUCCCCCAGCCUUUAUUCGUUCCCCGAUCUGGGCAACCUCAAGAAACAGCUCAGGAAGUACGUGCUCCAGUCGCAGAAUGCUGCGAUAGCAAGACACUCGACCUUUCGAGUCGCAGUCUCGGGUGGCUCACUCCCAGCCGUUCUAGCGAGCUCUCUGCUUGCUCCCGGCGACGGCACAGACGAAGACACGCCCAGGUUCGCAUUGUGGGAUAUUUUCUUCGCAGACGAGCGUGUGGUGGCCCUCGACCAUCCGGAUAGUAACUAUGGUCUACUGAAGACCGAGCUCCUCGACAAGAUACCGACAAGCCAGCUAGGCCAGCCAAAGGUUCACCCAAUUGAACUCAAUGACGAUAUCCAGGAGGUUGCAGACCAGUAUCAGGAUGAGCUGAGACAAUCAUUUGCUGCCAAGGAUAGUGUGAAGACACCCGUUUUCGACCUUAUUCUGCUCGGGUGCGGGCCAGACGGGCACACAUGCAGUCUCUUCCCAGGCCAUGAACUGCUGCAGGAGAAGGACUCGUGGGUUGCGUCUAUAGAGGACUCACCCAAACCACCGCUGAAGAGAAUCACGCUGACCCUGCCUGUGGUCACGCACGGAUUGAGGAUUGCUUUCGUUGCAACUGGUGGAGGCAAGAAGGAUGUGUUGGCGCAGAUAUUUGAUGAGAAUGAAGGCAGCUCGCUUCCAUGUGCAAUGGUAAAUGCUGCCGGCGGUGAGAAGGUUAGCUGGUUCACCGACUCAGCUGCCUCGCAGGCCGUCAAAUUCCCCAAGCGCGAGAACCUCUAG